AUGGUAGAAUCAACAGAGGCUGCAGUCUCGAUUGAAAAUGUAUCUAGAGGGGCCAUCCGGUUGUGGUUAGUAUCUCUUGUAUUGAUACAUCGACCAAACAUUCUUACUAAAUCUUACUAUCUAUACCUACCUACCUACGUUACGCCAACAGGAAAGACAACACUGUUAAAAAUCAUAUUAGGAAGAUUGAUACCUGAUUCAGGUAGAGUACUAGUGUUUGGAAAGGAACCACAUAGUGCAGGACACACUGUACCAGGUUCCGAUGUAGGUUAUGCACCACAGGAAACUGCUCUAUACGAUGAUUUGUCGAUUGCAGAGACACUUCAAUUCCACGCUACACUUCAUGGCAUGGACGAUCAAACAUUCAAAGAAAGAAAGGCUUGGAUAAUGACCUUUCUCGAUCUACCACCUGAAUCUCGUAUCGUCGGAACACUAUCUGGUGGACAAAAGAGAAGAGUAUCUCUCUCGGUUGCAUUAUUACAUGGUCCCAAAAUGUUGAUUCUAGAUGAACCAUCUGUUGGUGUUGAUCCAUUGGUAAGAUCAAAGAUUUGGAAUUAUCUUCGUGAAAUUGCCUUGUCUGGUGUGACUGUCAUUGUUACAACACAUUACAUCGAAGAGGCAAGAAUGGCCGAUCGAGUGGCUUUUAUGAGACAUGGUAGUAUCUUGGAAGAAGGUGUACCAGACAAAUUAAUGAGAAAAUAUAAACGUGAUACAUUGGAAGAUGUAUUUCUCUUGCUUUGCAAGUCAAGUGAUCAAUCAGUACUAAAUCAAGACAACAACAAUAAUUCAUACAACAAUAAUUUAGAAGCAACUACAAGUACUGAUUUCUUUGAUGUAAUGGUAUCCGAUAACAAUAACAAAGAUAAUAAUAAUAAUAAUAAUUCAAAAUCACCUGACAAUAAUAGUAAUGGUUUAAAUUCAGAAAAUGAAGAAAUUGAACCAAUGUAUUCAGUAAAUGAUAAUUAUGAUUUAAAUGAAAAGAGUUCAUUGUUGAAUCAUAAAGACCAAAGAAAUCAAUUUACAAAGAAUCUACAACAAGUAAUGGCAAUGGCCAAAAGAAAACUGACACAAAUCUUUAGAAACAAGGUUGUAUUGUCGUUUGAAUUAUUGUCACCAACCUUUCAAAUUGUUCUAUUCUUUAUUUGUAUUGGUUCAACUCCAAAGAAUUUAAAUUUUGCUGUUGUAAAUAAUGAUAUAGGAAUGGGAGCACCAUUUAACCUUAAUCUUGGAACACAAUAUAUUUCAUUCCUUUCUCAAUCACCUUUAUUUGAAAUUAAUUAUUUUAAUAAUACAAUUGAUGCCGUAAACUCUAUAAAGAAUGGUUAUAAUUAUGGAGCAAUGAUAAUACCAGAAAAUUUUACAUCAACUUUACCUUUAAGAUUCCAAGAUCCAACAGACACAGCAUUGGUUAAUCAAUCAAAUAUCAAUUUAUACUUGGAUUACAGUAACUAUCAGAUUGUAGUAUUGAUUGAACAACAGAUGCAAUUGUCAUUUGAAGCAUUUGGUGAAUCGUACAACAUGAGUCUAAAUCCAAUCAUUAUGGAACCGCCAGUAUAUGGUACAACGAGCACCAAUUUAUUAUCUUUCCUCGCUCCUGGUAUGAUAUCGCUAAUCAUUUUUGCACACUCGAUUGCCAUCACUGCAGUCUCGUUUGUCAAGGAAAAGAGUGAUGGAUCACUCGAUAGAAUCUAUGCAAUUGGAGUAAACACCAAGAUUAUUAUUGCUGGUCACUUUUUAGGACAUAUGGUACUGCUCAUUGUUCAAACUACAGUUCUCAUGUUGAUCACUAUAUUUGGGUUCAAGGUUCCUAUCCAAGGUGAUCUUGCACUUGUAAUUGCCAUGAUUAUGCUACUUGGUUCGGUUGGUAUGGGAAUGGGACUUGUUAUUAGUUCUGUCAGUACUCAAGAAACUGAAGCUAUCCAACUCUCACUCGCCACAUACUUCCCAACACUUCUCCUAUCAGGUGUAAUUGCUCCAUUGGAAUCGAUUCCAAAAUGGUUCAUUUGGGCGUCCUAUGGUUUACCAACCACUUGGGCUGCCAAAGUACUUCGUGAUUUAAUGAUCAAAGGUUCUUCCUUUGUUUAUCGUGAUGUUUGGAAAGGAUUUUUAAUUGUAAUUUCAUGGGCAAUCUUUGUACUUACACUAAGUACAUUUUUAAUGAAAUCGAAACAAUCAAAUUCUUCAUGGUUUAAAAAGAAAUCCAAUUAA